ACAGUGAACCUGUUGACGUUAAAGCCUCCCCACAACCCCAGAUGAUGAAUUCAAAGCAGUCGGUGUUUCAUGGGCCCGCCCAGGCUCACUCUGCACUGUACCUCAGUUCCCACUACCACCAACAACCGGGAAUGAAUCCUCACAUCACUGCCAUGCAUGCCAAUAUCCCCAGGAACAUCGCGCCCAAGCCCAACAGCCAAAUGCCAGUGACUGUUUCCAUAGCCAACAUGGCUGUGUCCCCGCCGCCGCCUCUUCAGAUCAGCCCCCCUCUGCACCAGCAUCUCAACAUCCAGCAACACCAGCCAAUUUCAAUGCAGCAGUCCAUUGGAAACCAGUUACCGAUGCAGGUCCAGUCUGCUUUACAUUCACCUACAAUGCAGCAAGGAUUUACUCUUCAGCCUGAUUAUCAGAAUAUCAUCAAUCCAACAUCAACAGCUGCACAAGUUGUUACCCAGGCAAUGGAGUAUGUUCGUUCAGGGUGCAGAAAUCCUCCAGCACAGACUGUGGACUGGAAUAACGACUACUGCAGUAAUGGGGGCAUGCAGAGGGACAAAGCGCUCUACCUUACCUGAAAAUCUGAAACACCUCUCCUUUCCACUGAGGAAUGCAGGGAAGUCUUUUCAUCAUGGAUUGCUUUAUGCAGUCAAGGCAGUUCUGCAUUUUGUUAGGAAAUACAAGUUGCUAAGCACUUAGGACUAUUCGAGCUUGUGGGUCACCCACUCUGGAAAAAAUAGUCUUGCUUCUUUCUUUUUCUUUUUUUUUUUCCCCCCCAUUUUUUUCUCUUUCUUUCUCCUUUCCACCCCUACCCUGAGAUCCUUUAACGGACAUUGCUUUUCUUCUUCCCUGAAGGAAACUUGGACCAUUCAGAUUUUAUGUUGGUUUUUGCUGUGAAGUGCUGCGAUAGUAACUGCCUUAGCAACUGUAGAUGUCUCGGAUAAAAGUCCUGGAUUUUCCAUUGGUUUUUCAUAAUGGGUGUUUAUAU